AUGACGGUGUGCAAGUUCUUCCUGCAGAACAGAUGCGCAUACGGCAACAACUGCAAAUUUGAGCAUCCGCAAGGUGGUGCUAGUGGCGGACCGGGAAGGAGCGGCUUCGGUCAGAGCGCAUUUGCCCCCCCUUCAGCGUUUGGUGGCGGUGGCGGCGGAGGACCGAACCCGUUUGGCCAAUCUAGCGCCUUUGGCUCCGCUUCAGCAUUCGGCAGCGGCACCAAUAAUGCAGCUGCAAGUGCGUUCGGCAAACCAGCGGGGGCGAGUGCGUUUGGCGCCACAGCACCGAACGCUUUCGGAGGAGGCGGAGUUGGAGGAAGACCAAGCGCAUUUGGUGGUCAGCAGACCACUGGCUCAGCUUUCGGUGGAGGUAAUACGGCAGGGGGUUCAGCGUUCGGAGGGAGUGCGGGAGGUACCAGUGCUUUUGGAUCAACUUCCACACCGGCGUCGGCGUUUGGUGGUGUCAACAAGCCUGCUUCCGCCUUUGGCUCCGCUGCGCCUGCAUCAGCCUUCGGAUCGACGUCGAUGCCUGCUUCUGCAUUCGGAUCUAGCACAGCGCCGUCUGCGUUCGGAGCCAGUACCGCCGCUCCCUCUGCAUUCGGUGUCACCUCAACGCCAUCAGCGUUCGGAGCUACAUCGACUCCAUCAGCGUUCGGAGCAACUUCGACACCCUCUACGUUUGGCUCGGCACAGAAUGGCUCGGCAUUUGGUAGCAGCAGCAACACCACACCAUCUGCCUUUGGCUCCACAUCCACCUCUGCCGCGUUCGGCACUCAAUCCGCGUUCGGCACACAAGCUCGUCCGUCCGCCUUCGGUGCCGCUGCUACCGCCCCCGCUACCUCCACUUCUACCACUUCAAUACCGUCAAACCUAGCAUCUCUCAACCCCAGUAUCCCAUUCACAUCGAAAACAAACACAUACGGGGACUCGAAUCUCCCCGAAGUCUCGCUCACGGCCGCAUCGAUCGCCGAGGAUCUCGGCCCACAUGGACGGCCGCUGUGGAAGUUGACUGCAUACGGGCCUGCGCGCGGAGAGCCGAAUUUGGUCAGUGGCAAGGAUGUCAGUCCGGACGAGUUGAGGGUGAUGGCGUAUCAGGCGAGGGCGAGUGGCGCCGAGGCGCAGUAUGCGCAGCACGAACAGAAAUUGUUUGGGGACGCUGACGCAGAGUACAGGGCGGUGGCAGGGCAGCAGGGUGCGAACGCGGUGAGGAUGGCGGAGAGGAACAGGGUGGAGAGGAAGAAGCAGCUUCAGCUGCUGCAACAGGGUACACCAACAGCGACCACGGCAGGGGGCCAAGGAGGUGGGGGAGGAGCAUCAGCGUUCGGACAGGCGUCUGCGUUUGGCGGCGGGAAUACCGCGGGGUCAGCAUUUGGGGCCAAACCACCAGCAGCAGGUGCGUCGGCGUUUGGCUCUGGGUCUGCGUUCGGUGCUCCAGCAGCCCCCGCUUCAGCGUUCGGCCAGCCUUCUGGGGUGACAUCAGCAUUCGGCCAACCGUCCACCUCAGCGUUUGGAUCCACUUCCACUCCCACACCGGCAGCAACGGCGACGGGGAGCGCGUUCGGCAGCACUUCCGCUUUCGGCUCCUCCGUCACCACCGGCAGCGCGUUCGGCCAACCGCCUGCCACUUCGAACACUACCUCGGCAUUCGGGAGCACACCCGCUUCGCAGUCACAACAACCACAGCAUGCCUCAGCAUUCGGCAGCACUGCGUCUGCGUUCGGAUCUUCCGCGUUCGGGUCUACCGCGUUCGGCGCGAAUCCUCAGGCGACGCUCAAAGAGGAUCCGUACAAGGCUUCCGUGCCCAAAAAGGCGGAUCUCACACAAGAGGUGUUGGCGCUGUUUGAAAAGGAUGUGUUCGAGUGGGGGCAGGUGCCGUUCAUCGAACCGCCUAUUGAUGUACGUUGA